GGAGGACCGGGGGUGUGUGGAAAACAGGUUAACAGGGAUAUUUAAAGUGCAGGAGUCUGGAACUGUUGUCAGAGAUGAUGAGGAUGUUUCAUGCCUUGAGUACUGUGUUUGCUGUCACUCUCCUAGUGAGAGGGUGUGAUGCACAACUUGAAGCCAUAUGUGGCAGACCUUCUGUCUCCAGUCGAAUAGUAGGGGGACAGAAUGCUGUUGCUGGUGCAUGGCCAUGGCAGGUCAGUCUUCACAGCAAUGGCCACUUCUGUGGUGGGUCACUCAUUAACAACGAGUGGGUCCUGACAGCAGCUCACUGCUUUACUGGAAGUUUGACCAAUAAUGUGAUCGUGUACCUGGGCCGACAGACACAGUCAGGUCCAAAUCCCAAUGAGGUGAACAGAACUGUCUCUCAAAUCAUAAAUCAUCCGAACUUCAAUAGCCCAACAAAAAAUGACAACGACAUCUCUCUUCUGCGUCUGUCCUCGCCCGUGAUUUUUACUGAAUUUAUAAAACCGGUCUGCCUGGCAGCGGCAGACAGCACGUUCUUCAACGGCACAUCAAGUUGGGUAACUGGAUGGGGAAAGAUUGCCACUAAUGUUGCUCUGGCUGGAACAACACCUCUACAGGAAGUCGAAGUGCCUAUCAUUGGAAACAGGAUGUGCACCUGCCUUUAUAGCAAAGAGUCAACAAUAACAAACAACAUGAUCUGCGCUGGACUAAUACAAGGAGGGAAAGACUCCUGUCAGGGUGACUCAGGUGGACCUAUGGUCAGCAAACAGAACUCGGUCUGGAUCCAGUCUGGGAUUGUGAGCUUUGGCAACGGGUGUGCUUUGCCUAAGUUUCCCGGUGUGUAUGGAAGAGUUUCUAUGUACCAGAGUUGGAUCAAACAACACAUCACCACCAACCAGCCAGCCUUUGUUAAAUUCACCUCCAGCGGUACUGAUAGUGAUCUGAGCGCGAGCUGUUCUAUAGUACCUGCCAUUACAACUACUCCCACUGUGAUGACUACAGCUGCACCUGUGGUGUGCGGAAGAGCCCGACUGAACACUCGUGUUGGAGGAAGCAGCUCCCUCGCAACUUCUGGCACGUGGCCUUGGAUGGCCAGUCUGCAGUUCAACGGCAGUCAUGUCUGUGGAGGAACGAUGGUCGCUCAGCGGUUUGUCAUGACCUCUGCUAGCUGCUUCUCUAGAUCUACCAAUGCCUUCAACUGGACCGUGGUCCUGGGCCGUCUGAAUCAGAAAGGUACCAACACCAAUGAGAUCUCCGUACAAGUUGCAAACAUCGCGAUCAGCAAUGUGACGGGUGAAAACGUUGCUAUCGUGUAUCUGGCCAGCGCCCCCAAGCUCUCCGAUUUCAUUCAGCCCCUAUGCGUGGACAUGGGGGACAGCAGCUUCAGCGUGAAUACAUCGUGCUGGGUGGCAGGCUGGGGCUCAGGAUCAGGAGGAGCUGACCAAACACUUCAGGAAUUAAGAACCACUAUUGUGAAUUGUGGGAACUCUUCAAGUAACAGUAUUUGUACAACUUCCUUUACCUUACAGGAGGGUGAUCAGGGGGGUCCUCUGAUGUGUAAGCUGGGUGUGUCAUGGAUCCAGGCCGCCGUUCUAUCGAUACCAACCAGCAGCAGUAACACAAGCUCCAGUAACAGCACUGCAACACGCCUGUCAAUAGAUAUGCAGAUCUUUACUAAAGUCUCGACCUAUGCAACCUUCCUGAGAUCUGUGGUGGGUUCUUUCCCCCCGAAAGAAACAAACACUGCAAGUGUCUCUCUAGCCACCACCUCUUCCACCAAUGGCUUACAGUCAACCUUUUCCUUGUGUUUUACCACUGUUCUCUUGUUUUCACUUACGGCUCUCCAGAUCUUUUAUCAAAGCUGAGGUUAGUAAGGUCUGGGUAGAAGUAUUUGCCUGAAAUGUGACUGUAAACUAAAAUUAAUAAUUUACAAAUUAACCUGACUGAUUAACUUCUGUUAAUGACUUAUUCAUUCUUGGGUUGAGAGCCCAUUUUUCUUUUUCAUUAGCCGUAUGAGAGAGGUGACUAGAAAUGUUUUUCUAUUUGCACUGGCUAUAGGUUACACUGGCAGUCAUGUAAAACAAAUGCAAAUCUAAAAUCCCAACCAGAAAGAUAACCUUGUGCUGUCAGCUCAUCAUUGUAUAUACAUAUAUUUGCAUUGUAGCAUUGCUAAAGCAACCUUGCACUUUACGGAAAUGUACAGGUUUGAGUGGUUCAGUUUUAAUAGUUAUAACCGACUGCUGUAUAGCUUAUGAUUACCUCGAGCAGUACCACACCUGGGACAAGUUUUGGAAGUUUUGAUCGAAAUUAGAAUUAUUUUGUCACCAUAUUUUAUGAUACCAAAGAGAGUAUUUGAUUAUUGUAAACAUUUUUAUUGUCUUUUUCAUACAUGUGUGAUUUUUUAUUUAAAAAGCAGUUUUGUUAUGAUUAACCUAACCCUUCUUUUUUCCACACUUUUUUAAAUGUGAACAGUAAAGCAACCUGUAAGUUGUAAUCUUUUUUUGAUUGAAAUGACAAUAAAA